CUGACAGGCUACUGAUCAUGGGCUCUCAAAGAGUCAGGCCCAACUGAAGUGACUUAGCACACACACACACAUAUGAUAAGAUGAGCAUUGUAUCUCAGGGUAAUUGCCCUGCCAGCUCCGCGAGGUAUGAAUAAGCAUGGAGAGACGUGUGAUAAAAACAAGAGCUAGUAGUGACUGAGCUCUUAAUCUGUCCUAACAGUAUUACUCAUUAAUUCCCUCAAGGGUCCAAUGAACUAAGUGCUAUUACCAUGCCCCCUUUUACAGAUGAGGAUAUUAAAGCAUGGAGAUGUUAACUAACUUACCCAAGAUCACACGGCUAGUAAGUAGUCAGACCUGAAUACAGAAAGUCAGGCUUUGGUGUCCCUCCUUCAAAUCAUUUUGCUCUAUUUCUUUAAAAGCUACCCUGCCCUGCCUUUGCCUGAUGCUUCCUCUUCCUUCUUGCUCCUAAGUUUGCUCAUCUCUGAAACAGGAGACUUGAAUUGUGUUUACGAGAUGCUUUCUAACUCUUGUAUUUUUUUUUUUUAAUUCUGUAUUUUAAUGUGAGCUUGAUCUAUUUGGUCAGUAAUCGGGGAGACACAAACGUGAAAUGGUUGUGUAAGUUAGACAGAAACUCCAAAAAAUUUUGUUUCUGAUUGACUGUCCUUAAACUUUCUCUGGCUCCAGAUUUACUUAAAUCAAUUAAAAACAUACAAACAAGCAUAGAAGGUACACAAUGAAAGAAUAUACCUAACUAUAUAUUUUGGUGUUUUGAACGGCAAUGAGAUAAUGCAUAAGGUAACUCUAAACUCUAAGAUUUACAAAUAUUAAGAAUACUUACUAGUUUAUCAUACCCAUGCUUUGAAACGAUGUGAUGAUUACCACUCAAACCGGAAUAUUAGUUCACAAUGACUCACACAGAGCCCCAGGAUAAGGCAACUCACUGAAAAAAUAAAGUCAAUAUUGCCCGAGAGUCCCUUAAGCCUCAUUUCUCUCUGCGAUCAGCUAGUUGGGACAAAAUACACACUUCGCUUUUCCUGACUAGUAAACAGGCUUUCUGAAGCAGCUGAAUCUAAGCUGUCACUUCGCCUCUCGGCAUUUUCAGAUUGUUCUUAUUUCAAAUUCGAUGCUCUGGUCCCUGUCUGCAGCGGGAGUCCAGCCCCUGGUUAGUUUCCGUUUCCAAGGCAACUGACCAGCCCAACAAAGCCACUGGCGGCAGCGGCGGCGCGGGGCGCGCUGGUCCCGGGGCUGCGGAGCCAUCACUGCCGGGCGUCCUGUUUUCUGGGGACCUUCCUGGUAACCUCCCGGGUCUUCGAUUGAUCUGCGCCUUACUUCAUGCGUGGCUGUCUUUCUGUUUAAGAGUGAUAAAGAGGAAGCCGAUAAUUCCGACAGGCCCGACUUUAUCCGGCUGCCACUUCUGGCCUCUGCUACAGUAGACAGGAUGAAUGCAUUUUCUCUCAUUCACGCCCUCUCUCCAUCUCGUCGUCUCCUUGCGCUCUCUCUCCCUCUCUCUCUCCCUCUCUCUCUAGCUCUCCUCCUCCCCUUCUCUGGCAGUAGCCUUCUUAAUGUAGUUUAAUGGCUUUACAAAGAGAGCCAGGCAGAGGAGCACUUUCCAGUAGCUGUGGUCGGACCAUGACCUAGCUGACCAUGAACUUGGAAGGGCUUGAGAUGAUAGCAGUUCUGAUCGUCAUUGUGCUUUUUGUUAAAUUAUUGGAACAGUUUGGGCUGAUUGAAGCAGGUUUAGAAGACAGCGUGGAAGAUGAACUGGAAAUGGCCACUGUCAGGCAUCGGCCCGAGGCUCUCGAGCUUCUGGAAGCCCAGAGCAAAUUUACCAAGAAGGAGCUCCAGAUUCUUUACAGAGGAUUUAAGAAUGAAUGUCCCAGCGGGGUUGUUAAUGAAGAUACCUUCAAAGAGAUUUACUCGCAGUUCUUUCCACAGGGAGACUCUACAACAUAUGCGCAUUUUCUGUUCAAUGCAUUCGAUACGGACCACAAUGGAGCUGUAAGUUUUGAGGAUUUCAUCAAAGGUCUUUCUAUUUUGCUUCGGGGGACAGUACAAGAAAAACUCAACUGGGCGUUUAAUUUGUAUGACAUAAAUAAAGAUGGCUACAUCACUAAAGAAGAAAUGCUUGAUAUAAUGAAAGCAAUAUAUGAUAUGAUGGGUAAAUGUACAUAUCCUGUCCUCAAAGAAGAUGCUCCCAGACAACAUGUUGAAACAUUUUUCCAGAAAAUGGACAAAAACAAAGACGGAGUCGUUACCAUAGAUGAAUUCAUUGAAAGCUGUCAAAAAGAUGAAAACAUCAUGCGCUCCAUGCAGCUCUUCGAAAAUGUGAUUUAGCUUGUCAAAUACGUCCUCAAAUAGACAAAAGUGAACGAUUCUAUCACACAAAGCUGGAGCUACCACUUUUAGCAUAGAUUGCUCAGCUUUACAAUGAGGCACAUUAUGCAAACAAGCUUUGUUUUAAUAUAAAGCAACCCCCAAAAGAUUUGAGUUGUCCAUUUAUAAAUCUGCAUCCUUUUCAUAAUGCCACUGAGUCCAUGGGAUGUUCUAAGUCAUUUCAUACCCUGUGAAUAUUCAAAAGGAAUAGAAUCUGGCAUAUAGUUUUAUUCAUUCUUUAGCCAUGUGAUUAUUGAAGCUUUCACAUUAUUGGUGAUUUUAAAAUAUCAGUGUUUUUUGCUACUCACUUGUAUGUAUUCAGCCCCAGGAUUUUAAAUGGUUUUCUAAA